CCAAGAUGUUCAAAUUGGUGGUGUUGUCUGCUCUCCUCGCUGCGGCGGUGGCUACCCCAGGAGUCUUUAUUUCUCCAUUCGCCCCGCUAACUUACACCUCUACGGUGGUAUCCCCAGCUACCACAACUAUCACAAACCAGGCCAGCAGUGUCAUCCACCCAUCACCUCUUGUGUACUCUUCACCCUUGGCGUACUCCGCGUACCCAGCUUACACGCACUUGAUCAAGAAGCGGUCUGCACCAUUGGCUGUUAGCACCUACAUCGCACCGUCAGCCUACGUAGCUCCAUGGACGACAUACUCUGCACCAAUCCCGACCUUUGCUGCAUCGGCAAUCACCGCUGCCUACACUACACCGUUCUACAGGACUGCCCCAGUAAUCAGUCACUUGAUUAAGAAACGUUCAGUUGCCAUUCCCUUAAUCGCCCCUACGGCGUACUCACACACUUCUAGAGUAGACUUCCGGUCAACUCCAGCAGUAUCUACUUACACAACCUACUCCGCCCCUCUCACCUACUCCAGGCCAGUUCUUACCCACUUAUACUAGAUUAAAAAAAAACAAUUAGCUGAAACCCACUGCCGAACUCCGACUGAAAACAUAAAUAAUGUCAAAAUUUUCUUACACCAAUAACAGCAUUAGAAAAUGUACAUACUACUUUUAGAUGAUGUUAAUAAAA